AUGCCGCUACUAUACGGGGAAGGUGAACAAGCUUUUGUGCGUCUUCAAGAAGAGAUUAUCCGGAGAAAUAGUGAUGACUCCAUCCUUGCGUGGGGUCUCAAGCCAGGGAUGGAGCAUCCUCUCGGAUUAGUACCAGAUAGGGUGAGGGACGCGAUAAAGGGUGGUACAAGUCCUUUCUCUCAGUCGACCGAUAUCUUGGCGAGAUCGCCGGAUGACUUUGUCCACUGCGCCAACCUGGUCUACGGUGUAGGGUCAACCUCUCCAUUUGAAUUGACGAACACUGGAUUGCGAAUUGAGCUACCGCUUGUGCCAAUAUACGAGACAAGAGAAUUCACUGCUACACAUGGCUUCGAUGAGUCUAUUGGACUACUUAGUUGCUCGACGGGAUCACGUACGAGAUUUCUGGGUAUAUUGCUGAGGCUAGAGAGACGCGAUGACAAGGGUAACGCCAGGGUAAAACGGGUCGAAAUUCGCUAUCUAGAAGAUCCCCACAGCACAAUAGUGAUUGGUCCAAGAGCCGCUGCAAAGUCAGUCCUCCAAAAGGUAACGAUUGCCAGAUCCGACGAGAGCCAGGGAGCACGAAAUUCUGCUCUGCGCCUCCGGCAGGUCUGCAUCAACGAAUCAAAUGCUUUCCGAGCUACGAAUUACAGAGUCAAGAGUGGUACUGCAUGGAAUAUCGCGUUCCCAUCAACGCCAGGAUUUGGAUACAAUCAGGUCUGGGACCCUCACUCGAUGGUCCUUACGAUAGAAGAGGAAAGGAGUACUCGAUACCUAGCGGAGUUUUGCUUCGAAUCGCCAUCACGAAGGCGAGAUACCAUGUUCAGCGUGUUCAUCCAUACUGCGAGCAAUAAAGCCCUGGCAUUGAGAGGGAGUGAGUUCUCCGGGGACGACAAACUUAACAUCUAUAGAGAUCUCGAAGAGGAUUACGCGCAACCCUAUAAGAGUCCCAAACAACAUCAACCAGGAGAGGUGAUACUCCACCGUGAAGGAGGAGACUCUUAUCUUGUCAAGGUUGGGACUCAUGUAAGAAGGGUUUACAACCGUCAGUUGCUCGAGGUCAAUCUUGAUGUAAAGCCAUACGUACGUCAACAAUAA